CAACCGGUUCUGCACUCGCGAGUGAUGCAUCGAAAAACCAAAGCGAAGCGAAAACAGAACGUCUGAAAUAAUUUUGUGCUAGUUGUUUUUGUGCAUUUAUUUCGGUGAAAAUAGCUUACGAAACGAGUAAACGGUGUACAAAUCGAAAGAAUAGAUUGCGGAAAGCAUUGGGCUUGAAGAAAAUUCAAUGAUUUCCCAUUUGUUGUUGCUGAAAUCCGUCAAUAAACAUGAGUAGUUCGCGGCACAAACGAUCUUCGAUUCUGAAGAAACGGGCGUCGAUUGAUCCGGCCAGUUUGGAGGGAAGCCCGUCGGAGACUACGGCAACGUCGAAAGUGAUAAAACGAAUCGGAUUCAAGCCGAAAAAGUCCGUCAAAGAAUUCUUCGCUUCCGAGGAAACGGCAACGAUUUGGUGCAAUUCAUAUGAACUAUCUGCAGAUGGCACACCACCAUGUAUUGCUGCGGCUGAUGUCAGUGCCCUAAAAGAAGCAUCGAAGGUGGAAUGCCCUGCAAAAACCGGCGAAUGUCCGACGAGUAACAAAGAGAACCGUUUGUCCGCUGGGGAAUUGAGGGCCAGUUUUGGCGAUAGUAGCAGCAUUUGGAACUUGUCGAUAUCGGUCAGUGAAGAAGAAAGGCGACGAAUAAAAGCAGAAAACUCAGUUCUUAAUACAACUGACAGACUGACCCAAGAUCCUAUUUCUCUACCGAGGCCAGUUCUGCGCCAGAAACAACUGGAAGUGUGCGAAGAUUCCAAUGCAAUGGACAUAAGUCCUGUGAAAUCGGCUGGAAACAUAAGUUCUCCGAAGAAAGUUCUCUACCAUCAUCCCAAACAGAACAUGUUCGUUACGAUUGUGAAUGAAACCCGUUCAGUGCAAUCGCCGAAUGACUCGGAGAUCAAUUUCUUCGGACCUCAAGGGAAUCAGCCAGCACCCCAAGAAUCGCUAUCAUCUAAAAUACUGUUCCAGACAUCCAGCGCCAACAAUCAAUGGAGAAACAAGUCCAUUCAGACAGAGCCACGUCCAUCAAUGGCUGCCAAUAUGCGUUCGACUGCAGUGAAUGCCGAUUUGUCCGCUGGCUGGAGUUCGCACGUUGCCGCAACGGAACCCUUUGGACAGCGGUUGACAUUCGGCAAUAGUCAAUUCGAAAUAUCGGAGGCGUGGAACUCGCAUCCAGCUGCUGCGCUGAAACUGAAGAUGCUUCAGCAGGGUAAGAUUUCGACGGUGUUCGAUCCGCGGCUUUCGGAUGGCGGAGGAGGAGAGGACAUCGAUACGACAUUGGCAAUCACGCAGACGGUGGCGAAAAUGUUGGGACCCGGUUCGAAGACCACCUCGCUGGAGAACACCCGAAUAAUGGAGGCAGAAGCUAUGGACGUCACCAAAGUCAAAGAAAAUUACACGGAUGAACCUAUGGAUAUCUCUGUGAAUAUGAUGGAACUAGCGGAUGAUGCGACGAUUAGCGAUGUUCACAUUCCGACCAACGCUCUGACAAGAGCCCGACCGUCUUUCGUCCCAAGCUCCGCUCCGAUGGACGAGAGCGACUGCCAGUCACCUGGGGAAAUUGUCUCAGUCUCUGGACAUCGAAGGAAACCUAAACAGCGCGAUACGAUUCUGAAGACAGUGCCGAUCGAAAGUAUCGAACCAGAACCGGAUAGUUUGCUCCUGAGAGCCGGUCCAUCUCAUGAACCAUCACCUAGAAAACCCAACCAAAGUACGAACAGGCAAACUAUUCUUCAUGAUGAGAAGAUUGUGGAAGAUAACCUCCUUGGAGUUCCGCAGAUUGAGGUGAAGACUCCUCCAAAAUCAACAAUGAGAAAAACGGUUUACAAUUCGAAUAUGGAACAAUCUCCCGUUGUUGACCGUUCAGUCAAACGAGACCAGAAUAACUUGUUUAUGGUUGAACCAAUCAAGUUGGACUUGCCGGAGUUGAUCUUCGGUGAAAACAGUAUCGGUUUGGAGUUGACCACGAACAAUGAAACUAGUCGUCCCAAAGUUCACCGAAUGCCUCCGAGAAAUUUGAAACUGGAAUUUGGUGCGAUGAAGCCUGUAUCUGAGUCCGGAAAAGUAGCUACAAAUGAGGAUCGGAUCAGUACGAUAGUCAUUGAUUCGCCUGAACCACAGAUGGAACCCAAACGCAGAACAGUAAAUGGGGCUGCUGAUAUCUCUCUUGACAAGGAAUUGUUAAAUGAUUGCAAUAGUUCUGAAAAUAUCCCAUCCAGAAAAACUAAUUUUCAAAACCUGGAUGUUUCGGUUGAAAAAUCUGCGGAGAACACGCCGGAUUACAAACGAGGUACAAUUUUCACCAAUGCGAAGAUCGACGAGUCAGUAAAUCAACCAGAAGAACCUAACAAUCCGCCUCGAGCGACAAUUUACUACAAUGAAGCCCUGGAUCAAACUCGUGCUGAGUCUCUUGAAGAUCUCAGAAGCACUGGUAAAUCGCGUAAAACCAUUCAGCAAAAUGAUGCUAUGGAAUGCGUAUCUCCUGAUCUAGGUAGUCGUGUUAAUCAAUCGAAAAAAUCUCGGAUGACCAAUUUUGUGUUGGAUGAAAUGGACCAGUCUCAAUCGAGAGAUUUAGUUGUAGAAUCGAAACCAAGGCUGACCACGGCUACUGUUCAGGAUAUGGAUGAAACUGUGUGUCAAUUACAAAAGGAAACAUCAACCAAAAAGAUUGGAUUGACAACUCGCAGAACAGAUCAUCACAAUCUUGAUGUUUCGAUGGACAGUCCUCAGUCAUUUAAUAAACGGGAGACAAUUUCCACGAACAAACCAUUCGAUCCUCAACCUUUGUUGGAUCCACAAAAAUCAAGAGGCACAAUUUUCUUCAAUGACCAAUUGGAACAAACGCGCUUGGAACCGCGUUCUGGGUCACUGGAAGAUCUAAGAAUGUACGGACAAGCACGUAGAACAAUCGAACGAACCAAAUCAGAAGGCGCUUGUUCCGAAGUGUUGAAUUCAGAUAAGCCACACAGUGCGCGCAAAAGCAAUUAUCUAUUAGGCGAAAUGGAUCAAUCUCGAAUUCCAUCUCCGAUUGGGAAUCUCAAUCCAAGAAGGACUGCUGACGGUAAUCGCCCGGUAGAUGAAACUUCUAGCCGAUCGUCCAUCGUCUCAACGGCUCCAGUAGAUACGGGAAAGCAUCGCGCAACCAUCAAUUAUAACAUCGAUAUGGAUCAGUCUAGCUGCUCUCGAAAAUCGGUUUUACCGGAGGUACCACGUCAGAAAUUCCGCCAAACUAUCAUUGGCCGCGAAAGUAUGGACCAAACGUUGGUCGAUAGGCAAGUGGAAUUACAGCAAGUGACGCAAGAAAUACCACAACGGAGGACUUUGGGUGGCACGAAGACACGACAAACUAUCACAGGGCGCCAAAGUAUGGAUGAAACAUUGAUCGACAGGCACGUAGAGCUGCAGCAAGAACCGCAACUCCUGUCUGAAACCCAUACGGAAGAAACGGGAGUUGUUCCGGAGAAUCUACGUAAAUCUAGAAGCGUAUCUGAUGUAGUUUUCCAAAAAUCGCGGCUUACUAGCCAUCACGAAUUGCCUAUGGAAGAGACCAAAAUUCUUCAGGAUGAUAGUUAUACUGCGCUUCCAUCACCGAAGAGCUUUGCUCGAGAAACUAAUUCGUUUGCUAGAAUAAUGGAACAAAAAGACUGCACUGCCCUGCAAAAUCGACAAAGUGUUCUGACCGAAAUGAACAUGGAUGAAACUAAUCGAAAUGGGAUGAUUGAAGACUCUCACAUCAACGAAUCUAUCAGGCAAUCUCAAAAUCAUCAAAGUCAAUCAAAAUUCUUCGGUAAUAAUGCUGUAGAUUCGCGACAUACCAGUUAUGCCAUUAAUAAAAUGAAUGAAAGCGCUUCCCCUACGGCCAAGUUAGAAACUAUCCUCUUAGAGAGAUCUAGAUUGUGCACAGAAAUGAACGGUCCAUCGGUUCCGAGACAAACAAUAUAUCAGCAAGUGGAAAUGGAUGAAACGCGGUACGUUACUCCGCCACAGAACUCAGAGCUACCACUGCGAGGCAGUAUUAUCCAUUCUCCGACAAACACUUCCCGCCGAACGUUAAUUGCAGAACAGACGAUAGAUGAAACUGUUCCAGUGUCAGAACUCAUCAAACAGUCUAACAUAACGAUUCCAGGGACAUACCAGGAGUUUUCAACCGUCCGCCACACGACCUAUGAGAGGGAUCCCAUGGAUGAAACAACGCUUGCCCUGCAAGAAAUUUGCGUUACUCAAAAACAAAACUGUGUUCAAUCACCGAAUAUGCCAACUGCAGAUGUUCUACAACUUCGCCAAACGGUCAACGCGGAACAGGAUAUGGAGCGAACGGCGAUUCACUCGAAUGACCAAUCGAUUAUUCAAGCACCACAGCGGACAUUGGUCAAAUCUUUGAAUCUUGGCCAAACGUUCCGUAAUCAUCCAAAUAUGGAGCUGACCGUUGGGGCGAUGAUAGACAACGAUGAUGACAAUCAAGAUGCCAACGGAAGUGUGUGCGCUGAACCUAACGUUUCGAUGAACCGUCAAUGGGCUGAGCAAAGUAAGAACGGUAUCAUUCCCACAGCUACUACCAGUUUCAACCAUCACAAUCAACAAUUCGAAGCAUGCAAACCACAUCGUAAAACCAUACUCAUUCCGGAAGACAUGGAGCAAUCCCUCGAAAUGGAUACCUCCGGUCUUACGCCAUUGCAAGAAAAAUCACCACCUUCUCGCCGUACUAUCGUCCACCCGGAUAACAUUGCAGAAGAAUCCGUCAGAUUUGCCAUUAAAGCUGAACAAUCGGAAUCGACAUUGAACGUGGCAUCUCCGACGUACGCUCUGCAAGAGCAAACAAAGCAGGACUUCUCAUUUGCUGUACCGCAGUUGCCGGACGACUGCGUAUUGAGAAGUGCAGCUCCCAUGCCAACAUACAAAACGAACCCAACAUCUCAGACGGCACCGCAGCUUGCCCAGCCGGAGUUUGCAAAUUACUCGAUUACAGAUCCCUGUGCUUCUAUAAGGAAAACCAUCGCCGUCGACAAUCUGAGCGAAAUUUCUGGGCUGGAGCUUUCCAACUGCCAACCGGCGAGAUCGAUUGGUGUGAUCGGAGCUCCGCCCGGUGAUGUUUGCAGUUUGACGCUAAAGGAAGUGACGGAACCAGUUAUUGUUCAACCUGCGCCGGUGGCAGUCUCUGUCAUACAGGAAACACCCAAAAAGGCUAGCAUGAUACCGGUGCGCAAGAAUCGGGGGUCUAUCUUUGAUAGACAGUCGAUGGACUUGGAUGAAUCCGGAAUCGCGCCAAUCGUAUCUCAAGAGCAACCCGAACAGAGUGAACCUGAUCCACCAAUGACUGAGAUUCAUGAUCCUUAUCCGGACGAUGAAAUUGUGAUUAAAAACGAACCCAUUGUGGAUUCUAGUGACGAUGAGUUUUAUGACGCAAAUAAUGAUCCCGAGAACGAGCAGAACGAUGACCAUGAUGAUUGUGUGUACGUCACAAAAGAAGCUGUCCAGCCCAAAAGGUUUUCAGAACGAGGAAAGUUGAAGUUCGUCGAAGCAACGAUCCUCGAUAAUACCUCCGCAGAGUGCCGAACGCUCAAGUUCAUCGAUGUAGAUGAUCUUGAACAGACUACUCAAAAACGGCAGUUGUCCCGAAUAUCGAAAUCGAUUUUGAUCGAGCAUGAGAAUGAUCCCCUAAACGUUUCCCUCUCCGAUGAUUAUCCGAUGAAAAAAAGGAAAACUAAAAUACCUACUCCACUGAAAAGAACGGAAGAAGCAUCCGCAUCCGCACACAAAUCGCUAAGACGUGUUACCUUCCAUCAAGAUGUGAUACUCUGUGAUGAUUCGGACGAUAAAGAUAAACGUUCUGACGGUAAUGUAACUAGUCUCCCAGAUGUGGAAAGGGUAACAAUCAAAGAGGAAUGCGUGACUAUAGACGUUGACGAGGAAGAGCAAACUAAAUUUGGGCAAACGAUCUUAACGGAUCCAUCUGUUUUCAUCAUAGAAGAAAGUGAUAUGCUAGCAAACGAGUCCAACAUAUCGUUUGUUGGAUCUCCGCCAUCGGAACAGAACCAUCGUGGAAGUACAUUGAAGUUCGACAACACCUACUAUGAGGAGUACGUUAAUCUAACGUUGCACGUCAACCAGACGACAAACAGUUCCUGCAUAGUUAUCAGUGACGAUUCUCUCACAGUGGCCAAUAACUGUGAAAGACAGAACUCCAUUCCACCCCCACUGGAAAGGCGAUUAACCAUGGAGGAUCUUCCUGAACGGAUAAAAAGGACUCGAGAAUCACUGGUAAUGAACUCCACCGUCGCCAGUGAAGUAAUGUAUGAACUGAACCAGCAGAUUAUCGAAGCCAAGAAAACAUGCUGCAGCUUCCAAGGGAACUGUAAUUGUCGACAGAGAAGAACCAUGGCCGUCGUCAAACGAGAUAACGUAGAAUUGGUGCGAGAAUCGUGGAAUCAAAAUUUUGAUCGAAUACUCAGUUCAGUUUCUGAUUUGCCUGUCCAUAUCAUUCCCUUGGAUGAUCGAAUUUUGGAAGUGUUGAAUAGGCCUAUGAAACCGCUUCCUCUUCCGUGUUUGGAGAAACAAAAACCGUACCUUCCUGAGCUGCCUCCGCUAAGAUUUCUCUGUGAGAAUUACCUGAUGUGCCAACAAGCCGAUAAUACCCCAUCUGUAGAAUGUAGCCCAUGUGACCUUCCUGCGACACCCAGUGUAACGGCAUUAAUUUGUAACAAGCUUCGCACGGAAAACUAUCGGUGGUUCUUAGAUACUACAGAUGAGCACGACAUGCGCCUCUAUUUACGACAUCGAGUUUUACGCAGUAUUCGAUUCAAAAUUCAACUCCAAAAUUCUCGUCGCUGGUAUAGCAAACAAGAAGACACUCGAAUUAUUCGGAUAGAGUUGAUGGAGAAUCCAAGUGAUCUUGUAGACUCGACUCGUCUUCUGGUAUCACACUUAGAACUAGUACGUGCUAUGAAUAAAACGGCAGUCGAUCUGCUGUCCUCACAAUAUCCCAGCACAGCCCACAUAAUGGGACUAAUUGUUCAUAUAGAUACCCUUGUUGAACAAACUUUCGGCAAAGUCGAUCAAUUAUACCGCAUUGUUCGAAACAACGGAGCUAUCUUGGAACAGAUUGGAGACAGCAGUCGACUGCAAAUUGACAAGUUCUACGAAUAUCAACAUGAAGGUGUAAUUCACUGGAAUCGAAUCUAUGUGCAGUUUGAUUCGAUAGAUCGGAUAGACCACCAUAGCGUAAUAUUCCAUCGAAAAAUGAUCAACGCGGCAUGUUUGCUCCCAACCGAGCAUCAAUGUGGAAAAAUCGGUAUCCACGGGUUGACAUUUUUGGAAUGUUUACUGUGGAACGUUGAAAAAAUUUCUAUAGAUUAGAACGUUAUAUUUAAGACGAUUGUACAGCAUUUUUCCGUUUCGAAUCGACCUCGUCCAUAAGUUUUGUAUUUAUAGUGUUUGCUAUUUUUACUCAAUAAAUAGGAAAAAAAAUCUCGUA